GUUACAUCACUCACCAUCAGAUGCUGCCUGGAUCUUCCAGGAGAAAGCAAAAUCCCAUUUUUCAUCCUAUGGAUCACUGAAUAAGAAAGAGAUGGUUUUACCUCGUCUCACAGGAGCCCUACGCUCCUUUUCAAAUGUCACCAGACAAGAUGAUUACAGGGGGGACUCGACAGACUUGAUGAACAAAAGAUCGAAGUUGCGUGAACAAGUUUUGGAGUCUGACCUUACUUGGAAGAAAAUAACUCAAUUUGUCACUGGCAUUGUGGACAAGGAGCAUGAAGCAAUAAACGAGGGUCUAAAAGAAAUAUUAGAGGCUGCAAAACAGAUCGUGGGAACUGACCAUGGACAAGAGGCAAUUGAAAGUGGAGCCAUGUUUCUCUUUAAGACCUUCUACGAUAAAGAAACUGUCGGUCAUGAAGAAACCAAGGCCAUUAAACAGAUGUUUGGUCCGUUUCCAUCAACAUGUGCUACAGCAGCAAGCAAUGCUACAUAUAGAAUUGUGUCACUGCUGACUGAUGAACAGUUUAAGAAACUCGCACAGCAAUUUCAUGAGAAAAGCAGUGACGAUACAGUGUUCUUUGGGAAAAAUGUCAUUUUUUCCCUGGAAAUGUAUGAACUGGAAGAGAGCGGAGAUUUGCCACUAAAUGGCAGCAUCGAGGCAGAUAAUGAUAUUAGCCUAGACUUCCUGAAAUUUCAUAAUGGCCAGAAAGACUAUUUUCAAGGCAUAUCUGCUAAUAGCACUCAACAAAAACCUGGCGAAGAUGAAGGCUCUUUACUAUAUGAUGAGGUGGAGAAAUAUGCUGCUCACAGUUCCACUGGAGGGGCCACAGUAGAAGACUUGUGCAACACUAUAUUUGAAAUGCUGGCAUCUGCUAAAAGCAAUGAUGAACUUCAGAAUGAGUUAUUCGAACUUCUUGGACCUGAAGGAUUAGCAGCCAUCGAAGUGCUCCUACAACAGAGGCAGAAAAUUGUGUCAAAAUUCCUGAACUGGCAAUCUGACAAUAGGCUGCAAGAUUCCCACAAAAAACUUGCUGGAGAAAUGGGAAGACCUAACUAUGGCUGUCAAGUUACUGUCCAUUCUGAACAAGAAAAGCACCUCAUGAAACAGUAUCGGCGAGAAGAAAAACGCAGUGCCAAACGAGACAAACGUGUAGGCGAGGAUGGAGAGAUUCCUGGGGAAGGGCUAAUAGGCUUUGAUCCCAAGGAACUGCGAAUGCAGAGAGAACAGGCCCUGGCCAAUGCUAGAACCAUGCCAAUACUGACUAGGGACAGAGACUAUGGUGAAAGAGUUGCAUAUCCACAUGUAUAUGACUCGUAUGCAGAAGCCAUGAAAACCUCUGCAUUUGUUGGUGGUGCAAAGUUAAUCCUGCCAGAAGGUAUUCAGAGAGAAAAUAACAAAGUCUAUGAAGAAGUUAAGAUUCCUAUCACAGAACCAAUGCCUAUCGGCUUUGAAGAGAAGCCAGUGUACAUUAAAGAUCUGGAUGAGAUUGGACAAGUGGUCUUUAAAGGAAUAAAACGAUUGAACCGGAUCCAGUCAAUAGUUUUCGAGACCGCUUAUAACACCAAUGAAAACAUGCUCAUUUCUGCACCAACUGGCGCAGGCAAAACAAACAUUGCCAUGCUAACGGUCUUACAUGAAAUCCGCCAAAAUAUUCAACAAGGUGUCAUUAAAAAGGAUGCAUUUAAGAUUGUGUAUGUAGCACCUAUGAAGGCCUUGGCAGCUGAGAUGACAAAUUACUUCAGCAAGCGUCUAGAGCCAUUGGGUAUCACAGUGAAAGAGCUGACUGGUGAUAUGCAGUUGUCAAAAGGUGAAAUUUUACGGACUCAGAUGCUUGUGACUACACCAGAGAAGUGGGAUGUUGUUACUAGGAAAAGUGUUGGGGAUGUGGCCCUGUCUCAGCUUGUGCGGCUAAUGAUACUGGAUGAGGUCCAUUUACUCCAUGAAGACAGAGGUCCUGUCUUGGAAAGUUUAGUGGCACGUACACUGCGACAGGUGGAAUCCACACAGAGUAUGAUAAGAAUCCUGGGCCUAUCUGCAACUCUUCCAAACUACCUCGAUGUGGCUUCAUUUCUUCAUGUCAAUCCAUAUAUUGGCCUUUUCUACUUUGAUGGACGAUUCCGACCUGUUCCUCUUGGACAGACGUUUAUUGGAAUAAAGUCAACCAACAAGACUCAACAACUCCAUGAUACGGAAGAGGUUUGUUAUGAGAUUGUACUUAAGGAAAUCAAAGCUGGCCGACAGGUGAUGGUUUUUGUUCAUGCCAGAAACUCGACUGUGCGGACAGCCAUGGCCUUGAAGGAGCUAGCAAAAAAUAAUGGGCAAAUUUCAUAUUUUUUGCCAAACCAAGGAUCUGACUACGGCCAUGCUGAAAAGCAGGUGCAAAGGUCUAGGAAUAAGCAGCUAAGAGAGUUGUUUCCAGAUGGAUUUAGUAUUCAUCAUGCAGGCAUGCUGCGGCAAGAUAGGAGUUUGGUGGAAAACCUUUUUUCUCAGGGACAUAUCAAAGUCCUGGUUUGUACAGCCACAUUAGCCUGGGGUGUCAAUCUCCCCGCUCAUGCUGUUAUCAUUAAGGGAACACAAAUUUAUGAUGCAAAAAGAGGUUCCUUUGUUGACCUGGGAAUUCUAGAUGUAAUGCAGAUCUUUGGACGAGCUGGACGGCCACAAUUUGAUAAGUUUGGAGAAGGUACCAUUAUUACAACCCAUGACAAGCUCAGCCAUUACCUUACUCUUCUCACCCAGCAAAAUCCAAUUGAGAGCCAGUUUCUUGAAAGUCUUGCUGAUAAUUUGAAUGCUGAGAUUACUCUUGGGACAGUUACCAAUGUUGAAGAAGCAGUGAAGUGGCUGAGCUACACUUAUCUUUUUGUACGGAUGAGGGCAAAUCCAUUAGUAUACGGCAUCAGUCACAAGGUGUUUCAGGUGGACCCCUUGCUAGAGAAGCACAGAGAACAAUUGGUUAUUGAAGUGGGGCGAAAACUGGACAAAGCGCGCAUGAUUCGCUUUGAAGAGAGAACUGGAUUCUUCUCCUCUACAGACAUGGGCAGAACUGCAAGCCACUUCUACAUUAAAUAUAAUACCAUAGAGACAUUCAAUGAAUUAUUCAAUGCCCACAAAACUGAAGCAGAUAUUUUUGCAGUUGUCUCCAAAGCUGAAGAAUUUGAACAGAUCAAGGUACGUGAGGAAGAAAGUAGUGAAUUAGAACACUUAAUUGAUAAUUACUGUGAACUUCCAGUUGCUGGUGGAGUAGAAAAUGGCUAUGGAAAAAUUAACAUUCUUCUACAAACAUAUAUUGGAAGAGGAGAAUUGGACAAUUUUUCCCUUAUCUCGGAUUCUGGAUAUGUUGCACAGAAUGCAGCUAGAAUUGUACGAGCCCUUUUUGAAAUAGCUCUCAGAAAAAAAUGGCCAGCUAUGACGUAUAGACUUUUGAACCUAUGCAAAAUCAUAGAUAAGCGACUGUGGGGCUGGGCCAGCCCAUUGAGGCAGUUCUCCAUUCUGCCACCAUCUGUGUUAACAAAACUGGAAGAGAGGAAGCUCACUAUCGAUAAGCUGAAGGACAUGCGGAAAGAUGAAAUUGGUCACAUGUUGCAUCAUGUGAACAUUGGGCUAAAGGUGAAACAGUGCGUCCAUCAAAUUCCAGCCAUUACAAUGGAAGCCACUAUGCAACCAAUUACUCGCACAGUUCUUAGAGUUCGGUUGAGCAUCAACCCUGACUUCAAAUGGAAUGAUCAGGUGCAUGGAACAGUUGGAGAACCUUGGUGGAUUUGGGUUGAAGAUCCCACUAAUGACCACAUUUACCAUUCAGAAUAUUUUUUGCUGCAAAAGAAACAGGUUGCUAUGAAAGAAGAGCAGCUCCUGGUGUUUACAAUACCCAUCUUUGAACCACUACCCUCCCAGUACUAUAUCCGGGCAGUGUCUGAUCGAUGGCUAGGAGCUGAAGCAGUUUGCAUAAUAAAUUUUCAACAUCUCAUUUUGCCAGAAAGGCAUCCUCCACACACAGAAUUGUUGGACCUGCAGCCAUUGCCUGUGACAGCUUUGGGACAUAGGGAAUAUGAAGUUUUGUACAAGUUUACACACUUCAAUCCCGUUCAAACUCAGAUCUUCCAUACUCUAUACCACACAGACUCAAAUGUUCUACUUGGAGCUCCAACUGGUUCAGGGAAGACUGUAGCUGCAGAACUGGCCAUCUUCAGAAUCUUCAACAAGUAUCCAACAUCUAAGGCAGUCUACAUAGCUCCUCUGAAGGCUCUGGUCCGUGAAAGAAUGGAGGACUGGAAAGUGAGAAUAGAAGAAAAGCUUGGUAAAAAAGUUGUCGAGCUGACUGGUGAUGUGACUCCUGAUAUGAGAGCUAUUGCUGAAGCUGACCUCAUUGUCACUACCCCAGAAAAGUGGGAUGGGGUCAGCAGGAGCUGGCAGAACAGAAGUUAUGUACAGAAAGUGGCCAUUCUAAUCAUUGAUGAAAUCCAUUUGCUUGGGGAUGAGAGAGGACCUGUACUUGAAGUUAUUGUAUCCCGAACAAAUUUUAUUUCCUCACACACAGAGAAGACAGUGCGUGUUGUUGGUUUGUCAACAGCUCUGGCAAAUGCUAGAGAUCUUGCUGAUUGGUUGGGCAUUGGACAGAUGGGACUGUUCAAUUUCCGCCCGUCUGUGCGGCCUGUUCCAUUGGAGGUCCAUAUUCAGGGAUUCCCUGGACAACACUACUGCCCUCGAAUGGCUAGCAUGAAUAAGCCUUCAUUUCAAGCUAUACGAAGCCAUUCACCUGCAAAACCUGUGCUCAUCUUUGUGUCAUCCAGACGUCAGACUCGGCUUACAGCUAUUGAUUUAAUUGCUUUCUUAGCAACUGAAAAUGACCCCAAACAGUGGCUCAAUAUGGAUGAGAGAGAGAUGGAUGACAUCAUUGCAACUGUCAGGGAUUCCAACCUGAAGCUCACACUUGCCUUUGGAAUUGGAAUGCAUCAUGCGGGGUUGCACGAAAGAGAUCGCAAGACAGUGGAAGAGCUGUUUGUGAACUGUAAGAUUCAGGUUCUUAUUGCGACCAGCACACUGGCUUGGGGUGUGAAUUUCCCCGCUCACCUGGUUAUUGUCAAAGGGACUGAGUUUUAUGAUGGAAAAACAAGGCGAUAUGUUGAUUACCCAAUCACAGAUGUUCUUCAAAUGAUGGGUCGUGCUGGAAGGCCUCAGUUUGAUGACCAGGGCAAAGCUGUGAUCCUAGUACAUGAUCUAAAGAAAGAUUUCUACAAGAAGUUUCUUUAUGAACCAUUCCCUGUUGAAUCUAGCUUGCUGGAGGUACUAUCUGACCACUUAAAUGCCGAAAUUGCAGCUGGAACAAUUGCAUCAAAGCAAGAUGCCAUGGACUACCUCACCUGGACUUACUUCUUCCGUCGACUCUUAAUGAACCCUAGCUACUACAAUUUGGAAGAUGUUGGACAUGAUACUAUGAACAAGUUCCUUUCAAAUCUUGUGGAGAAAUCACUCAUCGACCUUGAGUGCUCAUACUGUAUAGAAAUUGCGGAGGAUAGUCAUGGUAUUGAGCCACAAACCUAUGGACGCAUUGCCUCUUAUUAUUAUCUGAAACACCAGACCGUUCGCAUGUUCAGGGACCGACUGAAAGCAGAUUGCACAGUUGAAGAUCUUCUUUCUGUACUGACGGAUGCUGAGGAGUACACUGAUCUCCCCGUAAGACAUAAUGAAGACCAGAUGAACAGUGAAUUGGCAAAGAACCUUCCCAUUGAAGUGAAUCCUCAUUCAAUGGACAGUGCACACACCAAGGCGCACCUCCUAUUACAAGCUCAUUUCAGCCAAGCCACAUUACCGUGUCCUGACUAUGCCACUGAUACCAAAACUGUACUGGAUCAAUCUAUCAGAAUAUGUCAAGCUAUGUUGGAUGUGGCAGCACAUCAUGGCUGGCUUGUCGCAGCACUAAAUAUAACGUGCUUGGUGCAGAUGGUAGUUCAAGCUCGAUGGAUACAUGAUUCUUCUUUACUCACUGUGCCAUACAUUGAAAAACACCACCUUCAUCUGUUCAGAAAAUGGAACUUUGGAAAAAGAGCUAGCUUAUCUAAAAGCAAAAUGGUCCAAGUUGAGUGUCUUCCAGAGUUGGUUGCAGCGUGUGAAGGCAAAGAAGAUAUUUUCACUUCUGUUGUAGAGCAGGAACUUCAAGUUGCACAUAUUUCACAGGCCUGGAACUUUGUGUCAAAUCUUCCAGUUAUUGAUGUUCAGCUGAGCAUUAAAGGAUGGUGGGAGGAUGCAAUCCAAGCACAGAAUGAGCUCCCCAUUCCUAUUAUACUUCCAGGGGCUCAGGAGAAAAAAUGGAACACGUUACAUGCUGAUCAGGAAUAUGUGCUGCUAGUAAAUCUGCACAGGAUUCGCACAGGAUACAAAAAGGGAAAGCAGGACAGUAAAGCAAUUGCACCCAAGUUCCCAAAGUCAAAGGAUGAAGGCUGGAUUUUAGUCCUUGGAGAAGUGGACAAAAAAGAACUUAUUGCACUAAAAAGAGUAGGCUACGUAAGAAACAGAAGCACAGUACCCAUUGCCUUUUACACUCCAGAAAAUGUUGGAAGGUGGAUAUACACACUAUACCUGAUGAGUGACAGCUACCUUGGCAUGGACCAGCAGUAUGACAUUUAUCUGAACAUUAUUCCAGCCAGUAUAUCAGCUCAAGUCAAUAGUGAGGUCUCUGCUCCCUUGAAGCGCAUUGCACAAAAGUAACACGACCGUUUCUGUGCUACUGGAGAUCUUUUGUUUUGGGUG